AUGGCUGCCAAUCUUGGGAGCCAAUCUGAAGACCAUGGCCUCAGCAGGCAAGAUGAAGUACCAGACACCUCAGGUGACCAGGAAGAUGCAAAGUCCUCACUCCAAGAUGCACUACAGGUGAAGAAGAAAGAGCUGGUGCGAUUCCUGCUCAGCAGGUAUCUUGCCAAGGAGCUGAUCACAAAGGCAGAAGUGCUGAAGAGUGUCCUCAAAGAUUACCAGGACCACUUCCUGGUGGUCCUCAGUCAAGCCUCAGAGUACCUGCAGCCGAUCUUUGGUUUGGAGGUGAAGGAGGUGGACCAGAGUGAGCAGACCUAUAUCCUGGUCCCCACACUGGGCCUCACCCUCAAAGAGAUGCUGAGGGAUGGGCAGAGGUUGCCCAAGGCCGGCCUCCUGGUGGUGAUCCUGUGCCUGAUCACUGUGGAGGACAACCGUGCCCCUGAGGAGGAGAUCUGGGAAGCACUCAGCAGGAUGGGGUGUCCUGGGAGGGAGCACUACACGUAUGGGGAUCCCAGGGAGCUGUUGACCCAAGUGUGGGUGUGGGAGGGGUACCUGGAGUACCGGUAGGUGCCUGACAGCAGCCCUGCUCACUACGAGUUCCUGUGGGCUUCCUGGGCCUAUGCAGAGACCAGCAAGUUUUAA